UUGACACUUGGGCAAGGCUCUUCGGCCGUCUUGAGCCACUCAGAAUUCGCACUCCGCCUUUCCUCUGCCAUCCGGAAAGCACUCAGCCUCGGCUUGGUAAAGGACCGAGUCCAAGCCGUCGCCAUCAUGGUGAUUCUCUCCUUGUACACCCACUUCUCGCAAGAUCGCCAUCUAUCUGCCGAGCUGGCAGCACAGGCCGUCAGCAACGCCCAGACAGUGGGACUUCACCUCCAAAACCCGCCUGCCAGGUCGGAGGAUCCGGCGUAUUUAACCCGGCUUUUCUGUUGUGUUUGGGCUAUGGACCAGCUCAACGCGGCUUUCCACGGGCGGCCGGUGAUGAUACACGAAAGAGACUUGGGGCGCGAUAUGGUGGAGUGUAUUCGAGAGCAAGACAGCUGCUUCCGACUGUUUCUCGAAAUUGUGGUCUUGCUCGGGUGCAUCAUCGACCUGUAUCGCCCGGCAGCAAAGAACACAGGUUGCGUUGUCAUGGAGGACUUCCCAAGCUUUGAUAGCCUCGUCGAAAAGUCAAAGGCUCUCGGAGUUGAAUCUCGUCUGUUGGCUUCCAUUGAACUUCUUUAUCAUGGCAUUGGCAUACUAUCAUGCCGGAUUCCUGUUGGUUCAACAAGAUCUGAGCACCUUUCACUGGCACUCAACCGACAAGCUCUCUCCGCUAUGAAGAUCACAACCAUCAUUGAGGACUUUGGCAACACGUUAUCGCACAUGACUUUCGUACCAUAUGCCGUGUCUCUAUCACUGCGGGUCGCAUAUCGAGAACUACGGUCAUCCAAAGUGCCAAUGUUGACAGCGAGAUCGCGACGACAGCUCCAGUCAACUUGCAAGACACUACGUGGCAUGAGCAGCAUGUUCAGGUCUGCUCAGGUCAUGGUCGAUUUAGCGGAACAAGUGAUCCAAGAGAUAGACCAAGUCUGCACAAACGCCAUGAAUGAGCAAAACGGGUCCGGCUCAACAAUUGCGCCAAAUACCCCUCGGCAGGACCAAACAGUACCACAGGACGCGCCUGCUGUAGGCAUCAGCAAUGUUGAUGCCGGAAACUGCCCGCCAAACAGUGAUACUAUGCCCGUAUUUGACCCUUCACUCUUCGAGGGGCCUGCAGGUUUUGAUGCUUUCGAGUUCUUUGACCCCGGCGAUCUCAACGCCAUCGAUGCCAUCUUGGGAGGCGAUGCUCCGCCGGGCAUCGGGCCGAUGGGCUCCUUUAUUUAA